CCUUGACGACCGCAACAAGAUGGCGACGCUGGAGGGCGGGCUGCUGGGGUCCGACCCCGGGGCGCUGAGCCGCGAGCAACUGGAGCAGCUGCGCAACUUCAAGAUUCAGACUCGGAUUGCCAACGAAAAGUACCUAAGGACCCACAAAGAAGUGGAUUUGCUCAUAAGUGGUUUCUUCAGAGAGAUGUUUUUGAAAAGGCCAGACAACAUCCGAGAAUUUGCUGCAGACUAUUUCACGGAUCCAAGACUUCCCAACAAGAUUCACAGGCAGCUAAUUAAGGAGAAGAAAGAGGCUUAAUUAGCAAAAUCAUGACACCCAGCUGUUGAGAGAGACCAGAUCCUCUGGAAUGAAGAGUAUCCUGUUGUCAUCAGUGUGGUUUUUGAAGCUGCCGUGGGCUGCGUCUGCUUCUGCAAGGGCUUUUAAAGAUACUCAUUAAAAACAGACCUCUCUGCUUU